UUUCAGUUCAUCUCAUCGUAGCUUGUUCUUGUUUUGUUUGCCUGGUUGUGAUUUUUUACGGUUCUUACCGAAUUACGAAUACCAUAUAUAUAAUAUAUAAUUCAAAGCCUUUUUUGUGUAACAAUAUUUAUAUCAGGAAACAAGUGUUAACAGAUCUACUAUGGAUCUUCAAACAUCUCACUUAGCCGCAGCUUUGAUGUCGGGUUCCACGUAUAAUUCAAUAUCAGAAACUGCACCUGCGCCUGUGGAAACUGAAGAUAAUAAAACAGAUAAAUCUAAUGAAACUCGCAAAGAGCCUUCUGACGAAGAUAAAGAAGAGAUGGCAAGCGGGGAGGAAUACAGUGAUGAGGAAACUGAAGCACAGGCUGGGAGUAAAUCUAUGCCAGGCCGAGGAGUGACAUUGCAAAUGCUUUUGGAAGAAAAAAUGUUAGAGCCAGGGACUGCUGCAAUGACCAUAGAAUACCUGGGUCAAAAGUUUGUUGGUGAUUUACAAUCAGAUGGCAAAAUAAAGUCACAUGAGACAGAGACUAUAUUUUGCUCCCCUUCUGCAUGGGCUAUACAUUGUAAGCGAAUAAUAAACCCUGAUAAACGUUCUGGAUGUGGUUGGGCUUCUGUGAAGUACAGGGGCAAGAAGUUGGAUACCAUCAAAGCAACUUAUCUUCGUAAGAAGCAAAUUCAGCGAGAAAAUAUGCACAGUGAUGAGGAAACAGAGAUGGAAGUAGAGAAUCCUCCUGAACCACCACCACAACGGAUUGUUAUGAAACAUAACACUGUGCCUAACAGAAUGAUGCAACAUGACACCAACAUGCUGAUAGAGGCAGUGUCAUUUUCUUCAGCUGGUAAAGUGCAGCCAUUCUUAGUAUCUGUAAGUUCCAAUGCUUGUUUAGUUCUUGACAUUCAUUGUCAUUUGAAGAAAGAAGAAGUGUAUGGAUACUUAGCGGGAACCUGGGAUCUUAACAGUCAUAAUUUAAUAAUUACACAUACAUUCCCUUGCCUUGUGAGUAAAAAUGAUACCCGUCCAAGAGUAUUGGUUGAGCUUGAAAUACAAAUGGAAAUUGAAAAGCUUGGUUUGACCCUACUUGGUUGGUAUCACUCACAUCCAACCAAUCCAGCUAUGCCAAGUUUGAGGGAUUGCGACAAUCAACUCGAAUACCAAAUCAAAAUGAGAGGUCCAUCGGAAAUAUCAUAUGUUCCUUGUAUUGGAGUCAUAUGCUCGCCAUAUAAUCCGGAGAGCCCAGUGCUGGAAUCAUCGCUUACCUAUUUCUGGGUCAUGCCUCCGCCGGAACAACGCCCUACAGAAUACCCGAGACCUCUGUUACUACAAUAUAACAUGAUACAUGACAGUCACUUGUCAAAACACGCCAUGGAACAAAUAAGGAAAUGUAUUAAAUAUUACAUUACAUAUGCCGAUGAAACAUUUAUCAAUUUUAAGGAUAGUUUUAAACCUGAUAUAACCUAUCUAGAUAAGCUAAAGUGUACAUUAAGCGCAAAAUUCCCUAGGGAACAAAGUGAUGGUUUACUGUGGCAUUUCAUCCGUGAUGAGCUAGGAUGCUCUUCAGAAAAUGACGACAAAAUGGACUUGGACGCCCUUUUAGCAGUACCACAGCCAAUACCUGUGUCCAAACCGAGCCAAACAACAUCAGUGCCUAAUUUCCCGUCGGUUAGUACUUUGCAGCAGAUGGUCAGCCGGCCAGCGGGCGUGCCACCUAUUAAUGUGUCAUCGGGCAUCGGAUCGCCUCAUAAGUUCGAAACGUCGCCCCAACUUAACAUCCCAGUACUGCCUACUUCUUCAAAAUCUUCUAAGUCAGCUACAUCAACUCUUUCGUCUGCUUAUCCCAGUGGAUUGGAUAUGCUCACAAGUAUGGCUUUAGGAUUGGGUUCUUCAAAUCUUCCUUUGCCUUUAGGCGGUAGUGGUUUAGAUAGUCUAGCUGCUGCUAACAGUAUGAUGUCAGGUCUCACUCCGGGUAUGCCGUCUAACUUAUCCGCUAGUUUGUCUAGCUCAAAAUUACCUGAUCCACCGUCUUAUGCUGCGUCAUUGCAAAAUUUGACAAGUAGUAUUGGAAGCUAUGACAAGACAUCCACUAGUACAUCCACGAGUACUUCUUCAGCGACUCCAAUUCCGGCAAGCAUAGCUUCAAAUCUAAUGAUGAGUUCAGCUGAUAUCGCAAACGCUCUCUUUUCGGCAAGCAAGUACUCCAGUGCGGGUAUAUUAGGCAUUCCAGAUCCCAUGUCAAAGUCGACUUUGGCAGCAAACAAUAUGUUCUUGUCUCCAUCUCUAUUGAAAAUGCAAGAAUCUCUGAUGAAGCCAUUAUCUAGUAGCAGUCCUAUUUCUUCAAAGGUUGGUUUAGAUCAAAAUAAUUUGAUGAAGUCUCCUCAUGAUUUGCUAAAAGGUAGUAAAGAUUAUUUGCCGCCUGAUUUCGGAAGUGUUGGAAAAGGUAAAUCAGAGAGUUCUUCUUUGGACUCAAUGAAACAUACCGAAGUCGGCAUGAGUUCUAAAUCUGAAAGUAUCAAAUCAGACCCUAUGGAUAUGGCAUCAGAUUUCAGCAUGCCUUCACGGGUAGGCGGCGAAUCUUUUUUGAAUCAAAUGCUAGAAUUAACAAAAAAGACUACAAUGCCAGAUUAUAUGUCUGACUAUGGACAACCUUUGAAAAUGUCAAAGUCCGAAGACUUGGCGACAUCCGUACCACCUUCUAGUCAUUCUUAUUUAAGUUCUUCCAGUAUUGUGGAUACAAUUGCUCAAGUGGCAAUGGGAAAUUUCUCGAAGCAUGAUGAAUCUUUGGACUAUAGUAAGGAACAAGAUUAUAGCACAAAUAAGAGCAGCAUGAGCGAAAAUGAUAAUUAGUUGAACUAAUAAUAAUUAUCAAAUAAAUAUAAUCUGUCCUUUUCUUUAUCUCAACUAAUAAUUUAUAACAUUACAAUGAAUCAAGUAAAAAUUAUUGUAAACUUUUUUCGGGUCAGUAUAAAUGUUAAUCUAUUAAGACAACGACUGUAAGUUUUGUAUUGUAGCUAGCGAUCGUGGUAAGUGAGGAACAAAAUUCUUUAUAGCUGUACUGGUACGGAUCACAGACUGAAUAUUAUUUAUUUUAAUUUAUAACUACCUAAUUAGUAGUAGGAUACAAUUGUAUUUUAAGCUUAUUUGUGAGAACUCAGUAUCUCUGAAAUCAGCCACAAGAUAACUAGUGUGAACUGCACGGAAAUAUUGAGGUUACAAAUAUUAAGUACCUACUUUCUUAUAAAUAUAGUAUUCCAUUAAUCGCUGGUGUCUUGUGGAAUUAAAUGUUUCAUCUUGGUGAAAAAAUUACUUUAUUAAAUUGUAUUAUUUCAUUUAUGAACACAUUGAAUAAUACACAAAAAAUAAUAAUAACUUUGUCUACUACUAAUAUAAUUUCUUCGUGAGGAGAUUGUACUAAAUUUUAACGGAUCUCAUUAUCAUUUAAUAAUUGUCAAGGGUGUUUUACCUUUAAGGUAUGGAGCCCUGAAAUAUUUUUUUUUCUAUUUUUUCUAUGAAUAUAUAGAUUAAUUUCAGAUUCUUGUAUUGUAACAAGUGUUAAGUUAUGCAAUAUGGAUUCUUAUUGGUAAUAUCAUGAUGGCAUUUAUUGUGUAAUAAUGGUUUUUAAGUAAAAUAAUAAACGUAAUAAAUCAUUUAGAUAUACGUCCAGUGUUAAGUAACUAAUUAAAACAUGCAUAAUCAUUUAGAAUAUGUUUUACAAGUUAACAUAAUAAAUACAUAUUUAUGCGAAUUGU